ACCACCCCCUUGCAGCUGGAUCCCCUUUUGGAUCACCCAAAGUGACCUUGUCUCCCUUGUGCUUGGCAUCGCUCGGGCGUAUGCCUUAGUUCUCGUUGAGGACCGACGUGGAGCAUCUUGGGCCAUCUGGCGAAACAGGCACGCAGGAACCAACAAAUGCACGGGGAGUGGACGUCCGCGCGAUGGCAAGUGUCAGUGGUGGUCUUCAGACGAGCCUGAUGAGAAGACGAAUCGCGAUUCUUCGCUCAUCUUGCGUGACACGGCAUGGAGCAUUUCGAGUUGUUUUCCUCCAGCCUGAAGGCGUGAAGCCGGUGGACAGCCCAUCGAUCCGAAUUUCAGGCCGGUCGCAUUCUCGAGACCAUGCUUUUUGAGAUCCAGACCAAAUUCAAGACGAUCCGCCUCUCUUUUGAUCCCCACGGUGGCAUCGAUCGAUUGCUUAUGCACCCUCAGUUGCUCUCGGGGGAGCGCCCCAGGAACAAAGAUUGUCAGUGGCAAAACUCAGCGCUGCUCGAUUACAUCAUCAGGAAAAUGGGAACCCCACAGACGUCGCCAUCAGGCGAGACGGACAGCUCGCGCAGGCCGAAGCCGUGGGACUAGUUCUCACCGACAGCAUCAAGGCCAGGUAUUACGAGGAGGGCGCCAUGCUUUCCCAACGUAGCCAUCUGAAUUUGACGACUCCAGCCGGGGGCCGAGAAUAAUUAGCUUCCAUAAAAUAGGUAUCGUUUGACUUCGACGUGUCGGGUAAGUCUGUCCUCCCCCCGGUCUUCUCAGGCGCCUCGCAGUUAUUUCGAAGGCGGCCGUGCCGAGCCGAGCCUCGAGCCCCUGGGCAACAUAAUGAAAUUUCCUAAGUUUCCCCGAGACGAAGUUUUAGAAUUCAGAAGAUGAUCGGUUCUCAUUCGUUCAAGACCAGCAGGAUACGACUGAGGACGAGGCGGGGGCGACAUUGCCAGGCCGAGCAUCGAACCCUUGGGCAACAUGAUGAAUAUUCAUCGGAUCUCAAGUCACAAUAUGAUCCGUUUUGAGUAGGUACAUUUUCGCCCAGACGGCCCGCGCUCAGAAGAAACGAACUUGGAAGGAAUCGAAAGAGCUCAAGCAUGUACGUCGCCUCGACAGGGAUUUCUCCGACCUCAAACGCAAGAGAAUAUUCGAAGCAAGAGGUGAAGAUGCGAUCCCGCUGCGCGAAUUGCGGACGGAAGAAGCACCGGAAGGAGGAUUGUCGCAAACCGCAUCGUUCCAAAGUGGGCCGCGCGAUGGCCGAGAUGCAGGCGGCGCCCGCGCCGCAUCAGCUGGAUUUCGAGACUUCAAUCAGCGGUUGGACAGGAGCCGGCUGGUUUUCGAAAGAGUUUUUGGGCGAGAUGGAGAUGGUCUCGGCCGAGAUUUUUAAGGAAUUCCCUUCGACGACCUCUCAGGCUGCGCCCUGAUCGACGCGGCCGCUGGGCCGGCGCUCAUCGGCCGGCCGAAUCUCGACAGGUUGAUCGGGAUUCUCCAGGGCAGCUGCGACGCGGCCCAUGCGUCAGACGACGUCGAGAACCUUCUCGCCGCGCGCGGGGUGCGCGGGAAGGGUCAAGCUAGCGGCGAAGGCCGCCGUCUCGGCGGCCAUCUUGGGGCGCGGAACGGUCGAGUUCUUGGCCUUGCCCCGCCCGCGCCCGUGGUUUCUACCGGCCAAGCCUCUGGAGUCCACGUGCAAGGUGGCGUGGGCACGGCCGCGGACAUUGCGGCAGUGGGCGAGCCCCAGUAGCCGCGCGGGGUGCGCAGGUCCCGACGUCGAGCCGCCCGAGGAGUUCGGCCCGCGCCCCAUUCUCGCGACGCGCUUUCAGCUCCUCGUCUGCCGGGCCCCCCCGGAGGGAUCGGGCGAAGUCUUCGAUUGCCUUUGUCGGAGGUAGCCU